GCCCCCAUAGCGCGCAGCAUGAACGCUCCGCGGCAAAAGGAUGUGUGAACAAGCAGCGCGCUACUGCAGGGACGGCGUCCACAAACUGCUCCACAAAGAACAAGCCAAACUCCGGGCACAGGACAGCAAAGACCAGCCCAAUCCCGGGGCUCAGGACAGCGAGACAGCGACGGCUGCACAGUCCGGAAACAGCGGCUCUCAGUCCGGUGGAAUAGACGGGCUCGUCCGCUGGAUAGUCACCAAGAUGAGCGACAAUAAAAGCAUCUCUACUCGGGAAUAUGUGAAGGAGGAGGCGGCAGUGGCUCAGGAGCAGUUCUUUGCACCGGAGCCCCGAAAGGGCAUUUCUGUCAUUUUGGAUAUUUUCCGGAGAGCUGAUAAGGAUGAUGAUGGAAAGCUCUCCCUUGAUGAGUUCCAGGCUUUCUUCUCUGAUGGGACUCUGAAUGAAGAGGAGCUGGAAAAACUGUUUCACACCAUUGACUCUGAUAACACCAGUAAUGUUGACACCAAGGAACUAUGCGACUACUUUGCCAACCACAUGGGGGACUAUGAAGGUGUUCUGGCCUCCCUAGAGACACUCAACCUGGCCAUUCUCAAAGCCAUGGACUUCACCAAAAAGGUAUAUGAACGUGGAACUAAUGUUGAGCAGUUUGUGACCCGCUUCCUGUUGAAGGAAUCAGCCAGUCAGAUCCAGUCUCUGCUGAACUCUGUAGAGAGUGCUGUGGAUGCCAUUGAUGAGCAGCAUUCAUCAGUGGGAUCCUACCCUAGUAAGACCAGCCCACACGUCCCAGAUAGGCGCUAUGAGGCCCCAGUGCCAGAUUAUCCUCCCAACAACAGAGUCAGUGCAAAGGAGAGCAUGAGGAACAUCAACACAGGUGCAGGAGCUGUGGAGGUGAGAAAAGAAGGACUUGAGGCACAGAUCAGUCGACUGGCUGAGCUGAUUGGACGUCUGGAGAAUAAGACAGUUUGGUUUGACCUACAUCAGCGACUAACAGACACUGAUGGCACAACUAGCGCAUCUCUUUACCUGAUCCGCCAGGAGAUGAAAGUUUCCCAGAAGCAGCUGGGAGAGUUCUGCGAGGCCCUGAAACAAUACCUGAAGAAUGUGUCUGCCCAGAGAGACUGUUUCCAGCACGUUCAGACUGCAGCUUGCAAGGCUUUCCAGCAUGUGAAAGUGGAUACUCUGUGCCAGCCCGAGGCUGUGUCUGCUGUCGCUGUGCCUGCCGCCUGGUGCAGCUUGAACAGAGACUGAGAAGCGAGCCGGUCUGCAGGUGGAAUGGUCCCGCCUUAUGCCUGAAAACCUUCUCUUCUUCACCUCUUCCUCCCUCUGUCACAGUCCCUGCUAUCUUAACUACCCCCACCCCUUUCUCUUGUGCUCUCCCCACUCUGUCUCCUUCUUUUUGUAGUUACUUGUUUACACAG